AUGAACAAGGAUGCUGUUCAAAAUGAGCGUCAGCCGAGGAACACGGCUACAAUAAGACCAUCUUUGGACCUCGAUCCUCAAAACUUCUUUAGCCAAUAUACUGGUACUGUGUCGGCAGUCUUAUCCCAGCCAGAAGUAACCGAAACUAGAGAAGAAUCUCCGGUGAGUGCUGUGAGUGAAGGCAAGACAGAAGAUGAAAAGCGAGAUCUAAAACUAGCCGAGUCACCAGGCAAAAUCCUGGAGCUGUCACUUCUAUGGAUGCAGUCGCUGCCAACUUUCCAAAACCUUCAAUCAAUGGAUAAGACAACAAUAAUUUCGAGCAACUGGCAAAUAGUUUUUCUACUAUGCCUAUGUGAAUGGUCACCGAACUUGCUAUCUGCGAAUAUGGAUACUUACUCGUCAACUAUCAGUACGCAAUUAA